GUUAAAGGCGGGUGCGGGUUACAGCUGACUUCGUUAUCCGCAGCGUCUGCACUUGGUAUGUCUCUCCGCUGUCUGAAGGAUUCUAGUUUUGUGUUCGAUGAUGCUUCAUAUAACGAUCUGGAACUAGUUCACUUUCGUCUUACUGAUUCUGCCUUGAAACAUAUUGAGCAACUUGCUAGCAGUUCAGGAAACCACAAAUUUAGCAUUACGUUCAGUGGGUCCGAAGGAUCAUUUAUUGUUCCUGUCGGGAAAAGCAGCAGCAGAUUUACAUUCAGUACCUCAAGCUUAACAAGUACUCACGAUGAAUCUUUCAAUUGCUUGCGCACCAAAGGAGUUUCAACUCAUUGUCUGGGAAGGAUGGUCUCCAGGAUCACGGUCAAUGCUAAGGAGGAUAGCUUCUCAGCGGCUAAGGAGCGAAUGACACAAUUAGAAGACGAAAACAAAAAGUCUCAGACAAAAGAGAUUAAAUCUGCUAAAUCCAUGGCUUCAAGAACAGCAGCAUCUCAAUCCACUCACAAACAAGGCAAUCAGGGUGUGAAUUUGAAGGGAAAGGGAAAUGAAAUUUCACCUCAGAACAUAGAUUUCCCUAACGUAGCCAAUCGAGUUCAGUCCCAGAAUCCUGUUGGUUGUGGUCCCAGUCCUCCACUAUCUAAUCCAGACGUUUUGGCACGCUCACUGAGAGAACGCAUUAUUCACAUACUGGCAUUACGGCCUUAUCAGCGCCCCGAAUUAUUAUUACGGUUGUCUCGUGAUGGCCUAUCUCAUACCCAGAAAGACCAAAUAUCCGACAUAUUGUCGUCAGUGGGUCGUGUUGGAAGACAGUCGGCAUAUUACCUUAUACCGUCUGUGGUAUCAGAAUUAGAUGAAAACUGGCCAGGUUAUACUGGUGCUGAGAGAAAACGGAUCAUUUCUUUGAAGACUAGUCAGCAGUCUCAAACUCCUCCCAAAUCUCCCACUGACCGAUCUCGAACCGCUUCUCCUGACAACUCGUCCACCCCCUCUGACGACCAGUUUACUCGACGUCCAACACGAGCAAAUGCUCCUUCGGCACCUCAUGCAUUGAGUAAGAAGAUUGCUGCACUAGAUAUGUUGUGUGCAGGUGUGAGUGAUGUGGAAGUUGCCGCCCGUCUAGGAGUAUUCCGUGGACUGUUGGAUCAGUGGCGAGCCAAUGAAUCAGAACUUCGAGAGAAAUUUCGUCGACUCAAUGCAAACACAAAUUCAACACCCUCAACUCAGAUCUCCAGUUUUAAUCAACAUUCCCAGGUGUAUGAUAAGUCUGUCGGUGUUCGUCACCAAAAUCCUACUAUGUCUACUGCAAAUGAUGUUGGCAGUCAACGUUCUACUUCAACAAAUCCUGGAAAUACAAUUUCUCCCCAUAAACGUGCUAAAUUAGAUGUGCCCAAUACGCCCUCUAGUUCUGCUGACCAACAAAUAGAAUUAACAUAUUCUACCUCUGAUAAAACUGUUUCAAGAUCAUCCAUUAUGCAUUCAUUUCCAAAUCAAAACAAUGAUGAUCAUAAUAAUCAAACUAAUACUAUUUCUCCUCCACUCCACGAUAACCCUCACACACUUGAUACGUAUAGUCGUUCAAAUCAACCUUGUACAUAUAAUAUAGCCGGUGGGAGUGAGGGAGAAAGUGCCGAACACACUCCAUUCUCCAAUUCAAGUACUGGUAGCAGUGGUUAUGGUGGUUCAAACAACGGCUUAACUGCCUCUAGUGGAGUAGUAAACAGUAGUAUUAAUAUUGACAAUCGCCGUGAAGGAUUAAUAGGAUCUACAUCUCGAUGCCAUUUGACAAUGUCUGUUCAUUCUGAAUGCUUGUCUAGUCGCUUAAAAGCUGAAGAUCAAUUGUCUAAUGGUAAUACAACAAAUACACCAGCAUAUGGUAUAACUGAACAAGCUUUGUCUCAAAGUAUUGUCGGAACAGAUGGUUUUCAUGUAGGCGAUUUGAGCAGUAAAUUAGCUGAAAUCGACCGGUAUAUUCUCUUAAUUAUUUAUACAUUGUUCAUAUUUAAAUCUGUUUAUUGUAAAGCAGUAUUGUUAGAUUUGGCAUAACAAUGAAUUGUAAUUUUUUCUGAAAGGCAGUGUUUCAGGUUAGAAUGGUAUUAGAUGUUUAGAGUUCUACUUGCAUGUUUCUUUGGAUUAUCAUUAUCCUCUUUCAAAACUAUUUACAGCAAUUAUGAUACAACUUACAAUAGAUUGUCAACAGGUUCCUGUUUAGCGUCUUGUAGAUAAUCAAUUUUUAAUACUUCAAUGGUUUUCUGUGAAUAUCUUAGUAGCAUUUUUGAUAUAAGUAAUGUUGUCGCACAAUGUAUAUAUAAUUCAUAUUAUUAGAAUAUAUGUUUGAGAACCACAUUAUUGAACUAGAUAUUAAACGUAUGUAUGUGCAGACUAGGAUUUGUAAUAUCUUAAAAAUUUACUCAUUCAUCAAGUACUUACAGUAUAAGGGCUAUACAGAUUCUACCCGGAUUGUCAAACCGAAAUAUGCAGAGCGGGUUUCGAACCUUGAACUUAGUGAAUGAAAGUCAAGUGUGUUAAUCAAUAAUCCACUGUGAUUAUACCACAUCUAAAGGACUGGUUCUCGUUUGAUUACAGCAGUUAAAUAACUUUGAGCCUGCUAAGUAUUUUGUAAUAUUUUGAAUUAUGACAGUUACAUCAAACCAAUAAACUGAGAUUUUCAUACAAUGGAUAGAUUUUAACAGCAUGUGAAGUUGUGAAUAUUUUUUUAAAAAAACAGUUAUAUUUAUAUCCUUUUCUUUCUUAAGGCUUUAUCCAGAAAUCUCAACAUCAGAACAAGCUUCAAUGUAUUUAGCUGAAUUUGAAUGUACCUAUCCAACUUAUCUUCGAAUGUAUCAUUCAUUCUCAGAUAUUUGGAAAACUGUCAGUAAUCUACGAAGUCAAUUAUUAGAAGCCACUAGAACUGAAGGUUUCGAUAGUGCUACUACAACCCAUUUAGCAAAUCAAUUAGAUAAAUUUAUACGUCGUUCUCGUUCACAAAAAUAUCGUGAUGAUGAAAUUCAAUUAACAUUGAUGGUACAUAAAUUACGAUUGUUAAAACAAAGGCUUGCUGUAUCACAACACAACAAUAAUGGUGGUCGUCAUCGUGAUCGCAUUCUACCUGUUACUACUAGUGAUGAUGUAACAGGUGAUAGAAUUGAUCGUCUUCCUAGGAGUAAUAAUAAUAACAAUAUAAAAUCUAUUUCAAUGAAAUCAUCAUCUAGUAAAGUAUCUUCAAUGUCUAACAACAAUAUUGCUCAAUCAUCUAAUAAUAAUGAAAAUAAAAAUAGUAGUCGUCUUAUUAAUAAUUGUUAUCGUCAAUUACUAACUGAUUCAAACGAUUAUUCAAGUCUACUCCCAUGUAAUCAAGUUUGAAAGACUACGACUAAAUAAGAAGGAAUAAUACAGCUACAGAUUUUUUUUCUUCCUUAUCGUUUUACACCUAUUAACACUGGUAAAACUUAAUUCUCUCAAAGAUUAUGCGGUGUAUUUGACUCUCUCUCCCUCCUUCCUCCCUCUCUCGUUGUCUUUCGGUUAAAUAAGUGUCUCAAUUGUCUUGCCAAUCUUUUAUAUCAGUAGUUGUUUCGUGCCGGCUAUUUCACACUUAUUACUUUUUUUUAAAAAAUGUUGUCAUGAUUACAUUCAUGAUGUAUAUGGUAUUAACCUAGAGAGUAGUUAGUUGAAUGAUCAUAAUUCCCCUGUAUACAAUAAAUGGAGCAUACACAACAUUGUUCAUUUUGACUGAUAUAUGUAAGAUUUGUUUGUCUCUUUUCUUUGUGUGUGUGUGUGUCUAUGUUUUGUUUGAUUUUGUCUUUCGUUUUCUCAAUUUAUUUUUUUAAAUUUACAAUAAUCUGUGUUAUGACUGGUGUCCGGAUAUAUAUAUAUAUAUAUGGGGUAUCCUGUCGAACUUAUAUUAACUACUAGUUGUCCAAUAUCUUUCUUCUGCUUUAUUUUUUUUUUAAUUACCCUGUGUCUAUUAUCCCUUGUGUUUAGUUGCUGAUGUAUCCCAUACACAGUUUUCUUUUUACAGUGAAUUAAUUAAACAGAAUACUUAAAAAGAUAAGUCACAUUAUAUUUACACACAAAAAAAAUCAAUCAGGAAAGCAUUCCUUCAAUUAAUCUUUGGUACCAAUCUCUCUCUCUCUCUCUCUCUCUCUAUAUAUAUAUAUAUAUAUAUAUAUAUAUAUAU